GCAUUUUUUGUUUAUGAGAAUAAUUUGACAACGAAGAGCAAAAAUGCAAAACCGAUAAAACCACUUUUUACGAUUUUUGAGGUAGGCAUGGAAAUCGGUUAAUUUCGAUAUGCUCUAUCCGUUUUAAAGGCAGAUAUGAGCAAAAGCCGCUAAAUCCUUAUGAAAAAUUGAGUUUAAAAAAGUUUGACGGGGAUUUUGCUCUAGAGGUUUUCCGUUUUAUGCAGAACUACGAAAAAUGGGUUCAUCAGUUUUUGCAUUUUUGCUCUUCAAAUAUAAGUGCUUGCCCACUAAGGGGAGGAGAGAUGUUUACAAAGAACAAAUUCCAAGUGAUUCACCACCAUCAUACAGAGGACAGUUGGUAAAGUACUCAUAUAAAAUCACAGUUGGCACUCAAAGAGUGAGUAGUCCUGUAAAACUUCUCAGAGUGCCAAUUAGAGUAUUACCAUUAUGUGAAGCUUUUUUGACCGAAGCAGUGGCGCUGUGCAAUGAUACUACUGAAGAGCUUACUCCUGCAAAUCCAUUUUUAGAAAUUAGACAAAAAGAACGACCUCUGGAACUUGCACUACAAAGUUUACAGAACAUAACGGCUCGCCGCAACCCUAACUUUUACAUGAUAACAAACACCUGGGGAAAAGUAACCAGAUUUUGCCUUUUCAAACCAGCAUAUAAACUAGGAGAAGAUAUAAUAGGAACUUUUGAUUUCACUGUAGCAACAGUCAGUUGCAUGCAAGUAUCAGUGUCUUUACAGUGCGAAGAAGAGACGAUAAUAGAUGAAGAUAAGAAUACCAAGCAAGUUAGAAACGUAACAUUUAGUAAACAUCAUGAAGUGUGUCUUGGUUACAAAUACACACAGCUAAUAUUACCGAUUCCAUUACAUGUCACCCCUGCUUUUAGCACCAAACUAGUUAGCUUGAAGUGGCGAUUACACUUUGAAUUUGUAACAAGUACCCAUAAAGAACUAUCAGGGCCAUCAUCGGAAGAUACUGAGUGGCAAGCACCGAGUGAAGUUCGUAUAGAAACAAUGGUGUGGAGCCUGCCUAUAAGAUUAUAUUCCACCACACCAAUACAUGUAGCUCAAGGCGUGCAUACCAAUACAAAAGCUUACUAUACGGUAGUUUUUUAAUGGGUAUUUAAGAAUCAAUUUUUUUUUUCUAAUUGUACUGUUGCGAAAAGAUAUAAUUAAAAAUAUAUAUUUUACAACCC